UCCGGCCUAUAGGGACGCGAGCUGAUUUUCGGACACCCAGGUUCCUCUCGCUCCUCCCCUCGCCUUCCCCAUGAAGAUGAAGAACAUCUUCAAGAAGAAGCGGACGCGGUCCCCCCAUCCUGCGUGCACCCCCUGCUCUGACAAGAAAGUCAAGUGCAAUCCCAUCAACGGCGUCGGACUGCCUUGCCAGGCAUGCAUCCAGCGCAACGGGAUGUGCGAGUGGCCACUGGGGUCAAGUUCUACCAGGCAUUGCGGCCCGGAUGGGCACAAGCGUGGCGUUCGUUCCUGCCAGAACUGCCGCGCGAGUAAAAUGCGCUGUGAGCCUGCGGGCCAUCCCAGUGGUGCUUGCCGUAGAUGUAGGCGGGCCAACCUCGACUGCUCGUUCGCCGGAUGUUACUUAGGAGAGGCCUCACCCUCGAACGAUGGGCAGUCUGUCGCCGGGCCGUCUAACCAACGCAUGGCCAACGAUCAGGGCACAUACUCCCCUGGCAUCCAGCACCCCGUUGCAGGGGGUUCUCAGUCUUCAUGGUUGACGGUGGAUACCGGCGUCGCCAAUGUCGGCGGGAGCGUGAGUUCUGCCGAAGCGACGCCCACGUCUGGCCCUAGCAGCCCCAGCUCGUAUUGGCUUACCGUCAUGGGGGCUGAGGACUCCGACUCCUAGUCAACCGCGACGCAGCCUAACGCUAUCGGCGACUGCUUGCUAUGCCGGUUCUGUAUCGUAUCUGCCUUGUCCCGUCUUCUUGAUGAAAAGCCUAACUUAGAUACCUCGCUACUACUAAGUCCCACUCUGCACCAACCCCCGCUCUUAUUAGCAUGACUGUAACCUCUAUUGUCCUAUCUCGAUCUGUUUGUCCAAGAUGUGCCCUAGCACGCUGUAGCUCUUGCCUUAUACUGAUGUGGAUGCC